CCAGUCCAAGAGUUACAAGCACUGUAGAAAAUCUUUUCAUAAUUUUUUUGACUGGUUUAAUUGGUGGUAUACUUUUGAAACGAAUCUUUAUAACAAACACCCGAACUGAUAGAACGUCCUCUAUUGACUAUAUUUUAUCCUCUCAAGAAGUAAAGAAAAGAAUCUUUGAGAUGUAUGCUUUUGAAGCACAUAAUUAUAGUCACGAAUUCAUUUUAAAGGAUAUUAAUAACCAUCUUCCUUUAAAUUCAAGACAAAUCUGA